AUGGACGCAGGCAGCAACGGCAGCAACGGCAGCAACGGCAACAGCACCACCCCACAGCUGCCCUCCAACUCCACGCUAGACAAGAUCGAUCAUCUGGUGCCGUCUGCGUAUCGACUGUCCAUCUACGAUGUCCGGUUUGCUCCUGAUUGGAACUUUAGAGGGACCGUCGCCAUCGAUGGCCAGGUGACCCGACCCAUCUCCGAAAUCUGCCUCCACGCCGUUGGCAUCCGUGUGUCCCGGGUAGAGCUCUCGGGUGACUCCGGCGAUGCCAUAAAUCUGAGCGGCGCCGCCACCGUCUCGGACGGACUCUUGCGUAUCAGGCUUGCCGACCAGCUGGCACCUGGAAAUGUCACCCUCACCAUCGGCUAUCAAGCAUCCAUAGGGGACUCCAUGUCGGGAUUCUACCGUGCCAGGUAUCGGUCGCCGCCUCCCACCCCCAACGCGAUCCGCGACGGCGACGACUCGGUCGUCCUCUCCACGCACUUCGAGCCGUGCUAUGCGAGGGAGACCUUCCCCUGCUUCGACCAGCCCCACCUCAAAGCGACGUUUGACAUCGACGUCGAGGCCCCCGACGGGCUUACCGUCCUCAGCAACAUGCCGGCAAGGGACGAGGUGCGGCUGGAUGGCGUCAAGAGCGGCCUCAAGAGGGUCACGUUCGAAAGGACGCCGGUGAUGAGCACCUACCUGCUGGUAUGGGCCAUGGCCGACUUGGAAUACAUCGAGGGCUCGACCCGGGAGACGCACCGCGGCUCCAGAGUUCCCGUUCGCGUCUACACCCCUCCCGGACUGGCCCGGUAUGCCGACUUUGCGUUGGACUGCGCGAGCAGGGUCAUCGACCUCUACCGAGAUCUCUUCUCCAUCGACUACCCCGUCUCCAAGAGCGACCACCUGAUCGUGCCCGAGUUUGUGUCCGGUGCCAUGGAGAACUGGGGCUUGAUCACGUACAAGCCCACCAAGAUCUUGUUUGACCCGGCCACCUCCAACAACCGGGUCAGGUCCAAGGCGGCUUACGUGGUGGCCCACGAGCUGGCCCACCAGUGGUUCGGAAACCUCGUCACCAUGUACAGCUGGACGGAACUCUGGCUCAACGAAGGAUUUGCCACCUGGGCCGGCUACACGGCUGUCGACCAUCUGUACCCCGAGAUGGACAUCUGGUCGCAGUAUGUGGCCGAGAUCAUGGACGACGUCAUGAAGCUAGACAGCCUCCCUACGACGCAUGCUAUCGUCGCCGAGGUGGAGGACGAGAAUGCGGCCCUCCAGAUGUUUGACCAGAUCAGCUACUUCAAGGCCGGCUCCGUGCUCCGCAUGUUGUCGGACCACAUCGGCCCGGACGCCUUCUUCAGAGGCCUCACGGAUUACCUGAACAGGCACGCCUACCGGAACGCCACGUCCGAAGACCUCUGGGAUGCGCUGAGCCUCGUAUCGGGCGUCGAUGUUUCAAAGCUGAUGGACACGUGGAUACAUACGCCCUCCUUCCCGAUCGUCUGCCUCGACCCUCACGACCGGUCCCGUGUCGUCCAGAGAUCUAUCCUCCCGGCCGGCGAGGACGACGCGCCCAGCGUCUGGGAUGUACCCGUCAAGCUCCUCACUGAUCAGGGCAAGGGCCUGGCCGUGAACACGGCCCACGUCGGCUACUUCUGCAUCGAUUACGACGUGGCCUCGCUGAGCAAGGCCAUCAGCGGGCCCACGGGGGCGACGUCGACCGACAUUGUCGGUAUCAUCUGCGAUCUGGGUACCCUGGCUCUCAAUUCGUCGAAGCCGACGAGCGACCUCCUAGAAUUCAUCUGGGCUCUGAAGGGCUCGGACGACGGAUCCGUAUGGCUCGCCAUCAGCCGCUCUCUCUUCUUCAUCCGCUCCAUAUUCGCAGACGACGACGCCAUCCAGAAGGACCUCAAGAUCUUCACGGCACACCUCAUCCACGACGUACGCAGCAAGCUGGUGUGGGGAAAGAAGGAGAUGGGAUAUACCGAAGCAGAACUCUUCAAGACCAUCAUCGGCCUGGGAUUCGUCGCGGACGACGAGACCAUCGUCAAGGAGACGAGAAGCAGCUUCGACAGGUGGGCAGCCGGGGACGCCUCCUCCAUCGUCCCCAGCCUGAGAGGCGCCGUCCUCUCCUCCUGCGUCAGCACCGGGACGGCAGAAGACUUCGAAGCCGUCCAGAAGGCGUUCGAGGCCGACCCGUCCCUCGACGGCCAGGAGAUCAUCCUCAGCGCCAUGGGUUCGGUUGGCGACGCCGGCCUCGCCAUCAGGGUCCUCGACUACGCGUUCGCGAGCGACCGCAACGUAUCCCUGCAGCACGUGCCCCUGCUCGGCAUCGUCAUGGGUCAGAACAUCCGCUGCAGGGGCAUACAGUGGGACUACGUCAAGCGCAACUGGAGCAGCUUCAAGGACCGUCUCGGCAGGAACUCUACCUGCCGCGACUGGUGGAUCGAGGAGGCCCUGAGGCACUUCUCCGACAUCCACCUAGCCGAUGAGGCUGAGGCCUUCUUCGACGUUCACUUCGGCGCCAGCACGAAGAAGCAGGUCGAGUACAUCAGGGCUAGCAUCGUCAGGAACGCGGCAUACAAGGAGUUUGCCCGGGAAGAUGUCUCCAGGUGGCUCAAGUCUCGGCAAUACUAG